UUGGAGUGUUUUGGUUUUUAAAGCCGAUUUCAAAUUAUAUUUCUUAGUGAAAAAUAAUAAUAAUACAUGGAAAAUAUAUAUUUCAUAUUCUCUUCUCGCUAUAAGAGUGAGAGACAGGACGUGCGUCUCUGACCGGUAGUGAUUGCUGUGAGUAACAUAAUGUAAGGGGCUCAGUCAGGGCUUCCCAGCAUGUCAGGUAUUAACAGAGCGAGAGAGAUUAAAUGUGGGAGGUAGGAGCUGUGAGGCUGCUGGCGGAGAGCGCUGCUGCCGCCGCUGAGGGCUGGAAACUACUGAAUGGGAAUCUAUCCGGCAACUUCAGCAGCAGCAGACCGCCGUCUCCCGGCGACACGGGGACUUUACUGCGUAAAAGCGAGCGGCGCGUCUCCAAGUCUGGCUCGGCGCAACCGGCGCGCGGAGGGGACGCUCAAGUUGGACCGCGGGAGCGGCUUUUCACUUGUUACCGGCGCUCGGCUCCCACCACUAACAUGCCUGCCAUCAAGAAGGAGCGGCUGGACGGGGACGACAUGGCUCUGGCCGCCUUCAACCAGUCCGAAUACCUGGCCCCUUUAAAUGCCGCCGCCAUCCCCGUGGUGACCCCGCAUCCGCCGCCCUACGACCACAUCUUCGCCCAUCACCGCGCGUACUUGGGGCUCCACGAAUCCGCGCUGCAUCACCACCAGCACCAGCAGCAGCACGGGCUCCACCAUCACACGGACGACUUAAUGCUGGAGAGGUUCUCCUCCAUCCCCGACUUUCAGCCCUUCUUCGACAACGGGGAGCCGUGCAUCGAGGUGGAGUGCGGGGAAAACAAGGCUUUGCUUUAUAUCAACAAGCUGUGCCAAGGUAGUAAGGGACCCUCGAUUAAAUACCGGGGCGAGUGGCUCACCCCAAACGAGUUUCAGUUUGUCAGCGGACGGGAGACCGCUAAAGAUUGGAAACGGAGUAUCAGACAUAAAGGAAAAAGUCUCAAGACUCUUAUGUCCAAAGGAAUCUUGCAGGUGCACCCUCCAAUCUGUGACUGCCCUGGUUGUCGAAUUUCAUCUCCAGUGAACCGAGGGCGCUUGGCAGAAAAACGCACCAUCCCCCUUCCACCUAACCGGGUGCCCAAGAAGGAGCUGGCCUCCAUCUUCAGCAGCGACGACAGCGAGGGCAGCGAGCGCGCCAGCGGCGACCAUGCCCACAUCAAACAGGAGGAUGAGCUGCAUUACAGUAUCAUGAGAAAAAGCCGUGACAGUGACCUCUCUACAAUUAUCUCCAACCUGCACCACACCAGACAGCACGGCAUGCCCGAAGGCCAGUCAGCCUCUGACCACAGCUCUAGUACUGGACACACAGAUGACCUUCUAGGCAAAAGGAGAAGCUUCUCUCCCAACAGCAGCAGCGAGUGUCCUUCCGACAGCAAGAAGUCACGCAGUCUAUCUCCAAAAGAAAACUCACAGAGUCCGAUAGGGGAGGCGGGCGGCAGCCACGGCCACAUGAGCCCUGAGGAGCAUUACAGGCGCAUGAUGUCAGCGCUCAGCGAGCAGGGGUCCUACGAGGAGCAGCAGCAGCGCCUUUAUCAGCUAGCGAGCAGCAUGGGCCUCCACGGCCACGACAUGCUGCGCGCUCGUCAGGAGGCGCUGGCUGCGGCAGUGAGGAAUCCAGCAGCCUUAGAAGCUCACCUGCCCUCAGCAGGCAGCUCUUCAUCAUCCAGCCAGAGACGCAAGCAGGGUCUGCCACAGCACCGGGACGCACAUUACACUGACAGAGACAUGUCCCAUCCUCCGCCCCUGCUCUCCCCUCCGACGGCUCCUCACAUCGCCUUAGGACCUCACCUGCGGCCUCCGUUCCUUGCCAUGCCGUCUGCUCUCUGCCAGGCCCCCGGUUACGGUUUCCUCCAACCAGCUCAGGCUGAGAUCUUCGCUCGACAGCAGGAGCUUUUGAGGAAGCAGAAUCUGGCCAGACUGGAGAUGUCUGCGGAGCUGCUGAGACAGAAGGAGUUGGAGAGUCUCCACCAGCGACAGCAGCAGCAGCGUCUGUUGGGCGCAGAGCCUUUGGCAGUUCUUCCUCCUGGCCUACCUCCUGAUCAUCCAGCCCUGCGGAGCCUCCAUGACAUCCCAGAGGGACAUCCUCUCCGCGAGGAGCUGGCCCGUCGCACUAAUGCGAUGCUGGUCCUACGGCACGGGGCCGCCGCUCCUCUCCUCAACCUCAGCCAGCAGCACCAGCAGCAGCAACAACCGGUGGCGUCCUCCACACCCAAAGACCCCCACGUGCAGAGCUCCACCGCUGGGCCGGAUGCCGAAUCCAGAAAGGCGACCCGCAGGGACCCCCAGGCACAGCUCCGUGCCGGAGAUCACAGAGGAGAAAGAGAGGAAAGGGGACGGGAAGGAGACAUGGAAGUGCACGACGAGGAAAUGAAUGACUCAGAGAGCGAGACAGAGACGUGCGAGGAGAGGCGUGAGGCCCUCAGUGCCAAGCCCAGCAUUAAACCACAGGAUAGGGAGAGAACCAGAGGGAAAGAGACUGGCGGUAGGGGAGGAUGUGGCGGUGCCAAGGAGGCCAGGGAGAGCUCAGACAGGCUGAGCGCUCCAUGCAGUUCAGCAGGUACGGAGUCGCCCAGCCGCCAACUUUUCACGCCGGGACUGGGCAAGGCGGACUUCAAGUACCACAUUCCACCUGGGUUCAUGCCACCACUUCCCGCUCUGCACGCCCAGACGCUGCCCUUUGGAUUCCCCUACGCUAGCCCUUACUUUCAUACUGGCUCUUUGGGUGGUCUUUUCAUGGACGGGGAGGACUCGGCCACAGCCAACCCCGUAGAGGACAUCAGCAAGUGGAGUGUGGAGGACGUUUGUGGAUUCAUAACCAGCCUGGCUGGAUGUGCUGAAUACGCACAGGUGUUUCGGGAGCAGGCCAUUGAUGGAGAGACACUGCCGCUGCUCACUGAGGAGCACCUGCUCAACACCAUGGGACUAAAGCUGGGGCCUGCGCUCAAGAUCCGCUCACAGGUGGCGCGCCGCGUUGGCAGGCUUUUCUAUAUGACAGGAUUCCCGCUGGCCUUCCCAUUUCCACCUUCUGCCACCCUGCGUCCCCCGGAGAGGGAUCGAGACCCCCUGACCACGCCAUCUGACAACCCCCUGCCCCUCUCUCUGUCCCUGCCACAUCGACCCACAUCCACCAGCAGCAGCUCCUCUCCGUACAGCGGCCCCACCCCGGGGUGCUCCACCCCCAAGGAGGAAAAUGGCAACGGCUCGGCAGUGGCGGGAAGAUUCGAGGCCAAAACUCCCUCGUAGGAUUGCACAGAUGGGUGUGGGAGGCAAAGACCUGUGUCGAACAUGGGCCUGGGCAAAGUCACUCCAAUCAGACGCACUUGACUCAGAGGUCUUUUUUUCUUUUGUUUUGUUUGUUUUUUUUUAAAAUCAGACUCCCCCUUCACAUUGAAACCUUCAAAAUAGAAAUUUAUGGGAACAUUUUAGACUGGAAAAAAGAAACCGAAGGACAGCCUCUGCAGUAGCUGGAGUCGAGCAGAAUCCAAAGAAACUGGGCUUGAGGGGAGAAACGCGGAGAGACAGAGCAACAGAGGGGGAAAAAAAAAGGGGAGGCGAAGGAGACAGCUGGUCACAGACAGCCUGCCAAAAGAAACGAGCAGAGCCCUGCCACAAAUGCGACAUUCUUGCAAGUCAGACAGACGCUAGCAGAAACUCUUCCUUCCUUCCUGGGCAGGAGGAAGCACUUCUCACUUUCUUUCUUAUGUCUCCAACUCCGACUGCGCUCACGACGAGCCCCGCAGAGCCCAGGAAUUAAAAAAAAGCGGCGCAUCUCCUCUCCCUUAUUAAGCCCCUCCAUCCCUUUAUUUCGUGACUAUUUCCUGAGGCCAAACAGCAGCGUGGCACUAUCUUCGUAGAGGCUGGAGUUAAAACACAUGCUAAGCAGCACUAGAUCUGACGAGCUCCCUCCUAUAUCACUGCAACUAUGCAUUCCACUGUCCCGAUACCAAAGAUGACUGGAUGAGUGGAAUUGGAUCCAUGUUUCACAACGUGUCCGUUGGUUGUUUUUUUUUUUGUUUUGUUUUUUGCAUUAAUGGUCUCAGAGAAAGACUGGUCCAACAGGGAAAUGCUUGGCUAGUGCCUCACACAAUGGACUAUUUGAUGUGACACAGGUAAAAGCUGAUGUACAAAAAGGCUUCAAAGUAUCCGAAAUGAGGCAUCAGUUUGUGCAGCUUGUCAUUGUACACUUGUGUUGACUACUGUGGGAGGUAGGAAAACCAUGCAACGUUGUACAGAAUCAUGCUUAAGAUGAAAAUAUUCUGACGGUUACAUAUGUGGUACUUUCACUUUUUUUUUUUUUUUUUUUCGUUAAAACGUAGUUGCACGAAUAAGGAUUUCCUUACUGAAAAAUGUGACUUGCUAAAUUCUGGUGGUACUUUUGUUCAUCCCUUUUUAUUUUUUUUUAUUUUAAGUGUAAUAUUGAAAAAAGUUGCUCCAGUUUCAAAUGCUACCCCAGCUUAUAAAUAUGAGGACAAAACUAUUUAUAGGACUUAUGAUGUAGUAGAUAAAGCAGAUUAUGAUAUGUAUUAAAAUUUGCCCUUAAGAUGGAUUCCAAAGAUACUUUUACUUUGUUUUCUCUUGGUUGCAGGGAAAAGGCACAAAAGCUCUUAAUGCAAAUGUUUUGAAUUCGUUAUGGAUUUUUUUUUUUUUUUUUUUAACUACGCAAGCAAUUAAUUAAAAAAAAGGUCUUUAGAUUUCCCUUCAAAAGUUUUGUCUUCAUCCUAUUUUUCUAUUCACCACACCGGUGAAAUAAAACCUAAAGAAAGACUUUGCCGCGUCUUUUCUCUUACAUUUGUGUGCUUUCAUCAGAUA